AUGACAAUUCCAAAAUUAAUUACACAAUUAAAGAAUAAAUUACCAAAAGACGAGAUUUUCAGACGCAUUAGACCAAAAAGAUUAAUGGAACUUCUUGGUUUAUAUGCUUUUGAACUUCAUCAGCUUGAAAUGCAAGAAAAAGCAGCAGGACAGGGCCCAGCACCUGAAGAUGACGGACCAACGCCAAAAUAUCAUCAUAUGCACUCAUCAGUUGUUUUCAACGAUACUCCAGCUCCUGCACAAGCUCCAUUAAAACCAAAGAUUGAUUGUCCAUUUUUACUUCUCGAUGUAAGAGACGAAGAAGAGUUCGAGAAGUGCCACAUCCAAGGCGCUAAGCUAUAUCCAAAGGCUCGUCUCUCUCGUGCUACCAAUCAAUUCACACCUGAAAUCCUUCAGUAUAAAGCACAUCCAGAAAAAAUGAUCAUUGUUUAUUGCGAUUACGGUAAGACAUCUGCAGAAGCAGCUCAUAUGCUCGCUGAACGUGGAUUUGAUAACAUUUUCCUCCUUCACGAAGGCCUUGCCGCUUUUGCUGAUGAAUUUCCAAAUUUGGUCGGACCAAAUCCACCGCCACCACCUUUGACACCGUCAAAGAAGAAUACUGCACAAGUAUCAGCAGCUUCAAAGGUCUCAACUGCUGUUGUUCGUGGUGUUCAUCCACAUGCAACAAAGCGCGAUCCUAAUGAGAAAAAGCCAUGGAAAUAA